CCCAAACAAAAGCUCGUAAAACCUCUCCACUCUUCACUCAAAAACCCUGAGCUGCUCGCCACCGCGCAACUACAAACAUGUCGCCCGCCCUCACCGGAAUUUUCAGCUACGAGGAUUUCGUUAAGGUCCACGGUGUCCUUCUCGCGGCGUCGGGUCUCCCGCAGCCUCUGCACCGGAAACUCUACCAGAAGCUCACGGCGGAGACUUUCGAUGGCGGGAACUAUUUUCAGGUGGAGCCCGUUGAGGGCGACAGGCAGAGGAGGCUUGUGUUGACGGCGAACUAUGUCGGGCAACAUUCCGAUGUAUUUCUGGUUGAUCACGCCUGGACUUUUCGCCUCUCCGAUGCUUAUAAGCAGUUGCAGGAGGUUCCUGGAUUGGUGGAGAGGAUGGCGUCGUUGAUGUGUGUUGACUUGGAUUUGAAUUCGGAGGCUGAGGAGACGGGUGAUGAAGAUGAUGCUAAAAUGAGUGCUGCAGAAGUAGUUGAGAGAGAGUUUUGUAGAGUUAAAGAAGAAGGCGCUCAUUCUGUUAGGUGGUUGGAGCUCGAAGAUCUUGAAAUGGACGAUGCUACGCUAGUUUCCCUUGAUUUACCGGCUAAAUUCCCUCAUUUGCUUGCACUAAGCCUCCGUGGCAACAAGCUCGAGAAUCCUGAGAUUUUGUUUGAAGUGGUGUCUCAAUUUAAAUCUCUCAGAGCUCUGUGGAUGAACUAUAAUCCUGCACUGGAAACUGGUGCAAAUGACUUGGAAGCUCAUAUUCUAGGAAGCUGCUGUGAGCUGGAAAUUUAUAAUUCCCAGUUCACUCCUAAGUAUGGCAAGUGGGCCUUAGGAUUCUGUGGAGGACUAUACGAGAAAGACAAUCCUGGAGGUUCUGAUGAGAGUGAUCAUCAGUUGGAAAGAGUUACAUCUCUUGACCUUUCAAAUAGGGGCAUCCAAAAUCUUAUCACUAAGGCCUUUUCUCCAACUGAAAUGCCUAUGCUAUCAUACUUGAAUCUUCGUGGAAAUACAUUCUAUGAGAACUUAAGCAGCAUACUACUAAACCAUCUUAGAGGAUUUACCAAGCUAACUGCUUUGGAGGUGGAUAUUCCCGGCCCUCUUGGGGAGAGUGCUGUUGAUAUUAUUGAAGCUCUCCCCACUCUCUCUGAGUUGAAUGGUCUUAGUACUUCCAAGAUCUUAGAAUCUGAGAAGAGCGUUGCUGAUUCAAUGUUAAAACCCCGCCUCCCUGAGUUCAAUGCUGAAGAAUCUCUCACUGAUCGUGUCAUCAGUGCUAUGUGGUUGUACCUAAUGACAUAUCGGCUAGCUGAUGAAGAAAAGAUUGAUGAAACUUCUGUUUGGUAUGUGAUGGAUGAGCUCGGUUCAGCUUUGCGGCACAGUGAUGAAGCCAAUUUCAGAGUUUCACCUUUUCUGUACAUGCCCAAUGGUAAACUGGAGUCAGCUGUCAGUUACUCAGUUCUUUGGCCUACAAAAAUCAUACAACGAGGUGAUGAAUGCACUCGUGAUUACCUGUUUGGCAUUGGGGAGGAGCGGCAACGUUCUGCAAGGCUUACUGCCUGGUUCCAUACCCCUCAAAACUAUUUUAUUAGAGAGUAUGAAAAAUUCAACACAGAAUUGAACUCGAGAACAUUUUCUCCGGUGCUAGCAAAGGCAUCUGCAACCAACAGUCUGCUUCAUGGUGAUCGAAGUGUGUUGAAGGUUUACACUGAUUUACAUCAAGUGGAGGAAUUUCUGACACGUCCAGAAUUUGUGAUCAUAAGUGAACCAAAGGACGCAGAUAUUAUAUGGACCAGUUUGCAAGUUGAUGAGGAGAUGAAGAAGGCUGUUGGACUGAAUGAUCAGCAAUAUAUGAAUCAAUUUCCUUUUGAGGCUUGCCUUGUUAUGAAACAUCAUCUGGCUGAAACUGUUCAGAAGGCUCAUGGUGCUCCUCACUGGCUCCAGCCAACAUAUAAUCUUGAAACACACCUUACUCAACUUAUAGGAGACUGUUAUACACGUGAAAGGGAUGGAGUUGACAAUUUGUGGAUCCUAAAACCAUGGAACAUGGCAAGAACUAUUGAUACGACUGUCACUCAUAAUUUAUCUGCGAUUAUCCGUCUCAUGGAGACUGGCCCAAAAAUAUGUCAGAAGUACAUCGAGCACCCUGCCUUAUUCAAAGGGAAAAAGUUUGAUCUGCGUUACAUUGUCUUGGUGCGCAGUGUCAACCCUUUGGAGAUAUUCCUUUCAGAGGUCUUUUGGGUUAGGUUGGCAAAUAACACAUACUCUUUGGAGAAGCACAGUUUCUUUGAAUACGAGACACAUUUCACUGUUAUGAAUUACAGGGGAAGAUUGAAUCACAUGAACACACCGGAGUUUGUUAAAGAAUUUGAACAAGAACAUACUGUAAAAUGGUUGGAUAUCCAUCUAAGAGUUAAACAGAUGAUAAGAUCUGUUUUCGAGGCUGCUGCUGCAGUGCAUCCAGAAAUGCAUAGUCCAACAUCUAGAGCGAUGUAUGGGGUAGAUGUCAUGCUCGACUGCCACUAUCAGCCUAAAUUACUGGAGGUAACGUAUUGCCCUGACUGUACUCGCGCGUGCACAUAUGAUACUGAAACCAUAUUUGGGGACGGAGGCGUAGUGAAAGGAAGUGACUUCUACAACUUUGUGUUUGGUUGUCUCUUCCUUAAUGAGACCAAUCAUGUAUCCCCAUUGUAAUUCUACUGUAUUGGAUAUUUGCUUGUGUGAUUCAGUUAUAUGGUUCUCUUUGCUUUUGGUAUUGUUUCA